UCAAAUUCAUUCAUCUUUCUCUCAUUCUUUCCCUUCCUUUCUUCCAUGGCGGAUUGGGGACCGGUGGUGAUAGCGGUGGUGCUGUUUGUGCUUUUAAGCCCGGGACUGUUGUUUCAGUUGCCGGGUAGAAACAAAGUGGUAGAGUUUGGGAACAUGCAAACCAGUGGGGUUUCGAUUCUCGUCCAUACUGUCAUCUUCUUCGGACUCAUCACUAUCUUCCUCGUCGCCAUUGGUGUCCACAUCUACACUGGAUAACCACACUCUUUACACUUUUGUUUUAUAAGAUUUGGUCGCUUUUAAUGUUGGUUUCUUCUUCUUCUUCUUUGUUUUGGCUUUAAAUACCCUUUUGAUUGGUUAAUGUUAUUUUUAACCCUGGGGGGUUUAUGUUUGUAAUCAAGUUAAUAGAAAUGAUUGGUGAAAAUAACCC